AUGGAAAAGGGGGCCCGACACCGAAACAACACUGCCAAGAACCAGCAGGGUGGCAGACCCGACUCCAGCCCUGAGGCCGAGGCUGGCUCGGGAGGGGGCGGAGUAGCCCUGAAGAAAGAGAUCGGAUUGGUCAGCGCCUGUGGUAUCAUUGUAGGGAACAUCAUCGGCUCUGGGAUCUUUGUCUCACCAAAGGGUGUGCUGGAGAACGCUGGCUCUGUGGGCCUUGCAAUCAUCGUCUGGAUCGUGACGGGUGUCAUCACAGCUGUGGGAGCCCUCUGCUAUGCUGAGCUGGGUGUCACCAUCCCUAAAUCUGGAGGUGAUUACUCCUAUGUCAAGGACAUCUUCGGAGGACUUGCUGGGUUCCUGAGGCUGUGGAUUGCUGUGCUGGUGAUCUACCCCACCAACCAAGCUGUCAUCGCCCUCACCUUCUCCAACUAUGUGCUGCAGCCACUCUUCCCUACCUGCUUCCCCCCAGAGUCUGGUCUGCGACUCCUGGCUGCCAUCUGCUUGUUGCUGCUCACAUGGGUCAACUGCUCCAGUGUCCGAUGGGCCACCCGGGUUCAAGACAUCUUCACAGCUGGGAAGCUCCUGGCCCUGGCCCUGAUCAUUAUCAUGGGUGUUGUGCAGAUAUGCAAAGGAGAGUUCUUUUGGCUGGAGCCAAAGAAUGCAUUUGAGAACUUCCAAGAACCUGACAUCGGCCUCAUCGCUCUGGCUUUCCUGCAGGGCUCCUUUGCCUACGGAGGCUGGAACUUCCUUAAUUACGUGACUGAGGAGCUUGUGGACCCUUACAAGAACCUUCCCAGAGCCAUCUUCAUCUCCAUCCCACUGGUCACAUUUGUGUAUGUCUUUGCCAAUGUCGCGUAUGUCACUGCAAUGUCCCCCCAGGAGCUGCUGGCCUCAAAUGCAGUCGCUGUGACUUUUGGAGAGAAGCUUCUAGGGGUCAUGGCUUGGAUCAUGCCCAUUUCCGUUGCCCUGUCCACAUUCGGAGGAGUCAACGGCUCGCUCUUCACCUCCUCCCGGCUGUUCUUUGCUGGAGCCAGAGAAGGCCACCUUCCCAGCGUGUUGGCCAUGAUCCACGUGAAACGCUGCACCCCAAUCCCAGCACUGCUCUUCACAUGCAUCUCCACACUGCUGAUGCUGGUCACCAGUGACAUGUACACACUCAUCAACUACGUGGGCUUUAUCAACUACCUGUUCUACGGGGUUACGGUUGCGGGACAGAUAGUCCUUCGCUGGAAGAAGCCUGACAUCCCUCGGCCCAUCAAGAUCAGUCUGCUGUUUCCCAUCAUCUACUUGCUGUUCUGGGCCUUCCUGCUGAUCUUCAGCCUGUGGUCAGAGCCAGUGGUGUGCGGCAUUGGCCUGGCUAUCAUGCUGACAGGAGUACCUGUCUAUUUCCUGGGUGUCUACUGGCAACACAAACCCAAGUGUUUCAAUGACGUCAUUGAAGCAAUAACCCUAGUGAGCCAGAAGAUGUGUGUGGUCGUGUAUCCCCAGGUGGAAGGGGACUCAGGGGCAGAGGAAGCAAUCGAUGACAUGGAGGAGGAACAGCAGAAGCCCAUCUUCCAGCCUACUCCUGUCAAGGACCAGGACUCUGAGGAACAGCCGUAGCCCUGAGGACUGCCAUCCCUUUACCUGACCACUCCCUCCUUCAUCCUUUCUGCCCUGCAUCCCUGCCUAG